AUGAAAAAUUUUUUAUUAUUGCUCUGUGCUUUUUUUUUCCAAUCUUUAGGAUAAUAUUGUGGUAGAUUAUUGAGAAUUAUUUGUUAGAUACUAUUUAAUAGCAAUAUAAUGUCUAUGCAACUGUAAAUGAGAUUUAAGAAUGGGAUAUGAGAAAGUACUUUUUUACAGGAGAAAAUUUAAAAUAUCAAAUAAGUGAAGAUUGUCCAUACUUUGAGACAAUUGAUCCAUUUGCAGAGAUUGGAGAUGCAACCAGUCAUAAAGAUCGUAAUUAAUAAAAAAUAAAAAUAUAGCUUCAAUUGGACUAAUAAGAAGUCUUAAGGCUUCUAGAUCAUUAGAAAAUGGAGUAUGGUUAAAUGAUUUUAUAUUCUUAGAGUAAAAUAAUACUGAUGUUGAUGUAUUCUAUUCUUUAGGGUAUAUUGUAUAAAUUUAUUCAUUAUAGAGAUCCAUAAUAAAUGGAUGUAGUUCCUUCAUUUAAUCGAUAGAUAAAUGUGAGAAAUAAUACAAAGAACUUAGUGUGUUUUGAUUUAGAUUUCUUGACAAAUAGUAAGAUAAUUGUGGAUUGUUAUCAAAGAGAUUUUGAUGAUGAGACAAAAGGCUAUAUGAAUGGGUUUAUUGUAGUAGACAUAGCUGAUCCAGAUUAAUAUGCUCUAUAUCCUAAUGAGCAUCCUGAAGGUGAUAUAUAUAACCAUACAGAACAUAGAAAAAUAGUAUUUCACAAUUACACUAAUAAAAAUGGAGAUAGAGAAUCUCUAUUAUUUAGAGGUGA